CUAUAACCUCGAUCAAAUGUAUUUAGUACUAAGUGUAAUACUCAUACUUAACACAAGUAGUGUGUGAUAAAGUGUGUUACGUUUAUCUUUAUUGUUUCAUGUUUUAAUAAAUUUAUUCGUUAUUAGAUUUCGCCAGUGACUUUUGAUCUCGUGUUACACUCAAGUCCAUACUUCCGUGUUCAAUAAAUAUUUUUUAAAUAUUUCACAUAAUGUCAUUUGUGAAACCAACGGUUCAGGAUACAAACUUCACGGUUAACGUUGGAGGUAUGCGAAUUAAAUACAAAGACAAAAAUGAAACCUUCAUGGAAGAUCAACUUGUAAGCAAAGAGCCUAUUGGUCAAUUUAAAGCAUGGUUCAACGAAGCUUGCAAAACUCCGCAAAUUUUCGAACCAAACGCUAUGAUUCUUGCCACAGCCAAUAGAGAUGGAAAUCCCUCUGCACGAGCUGUAUUACUUAAAAGUUUUGGUACCGACGGUUUUAAAUUUUAUACCAAUUACGAAAGCAGAAAAGGCCGCGAACUAGCUGAAAAUCCUAAUGUGGCAGUGGUCUUUUACUGGGAACCUUUGAAACGAAGCGUGCGUAUAGAGGGAAAAGUACAGAAAACUUCUUCAGAAGACUCGGAUCGUUACUUUCAAAGCCGGCCAUAUGAAAAUCAAAUAGGAUCAAUUGCCAGUAACCAAAGUAACGUAAUUGCAAGUAGGCAAACGCUUAUCGUGAAGGAAAGAGAAUUAAUAGCACAAUUUCCGGAGGGUCAAGUUAAAAGACCGAACUGGUGGGGCGGAUAUGUUAUCAUACCACAUUCUGUAGAAUUUUGGCAAGGCCAAAGUGAUCGUUUACACGACAGAAUUCGUUUUAGGCGACCUAAACCAAACGAAAAAAUUGAUAAUGUACUCGUUCAUAAGGGAGAUAACGGUUGGGUUUAUGAAAGACUAUCUCCAUAGAUUUAAAAAAAAAGUUGAUUAUUUAUUAAAUGUAUAAAUGCAAGUGAUACAUUCCACAAUAACGAGUUAGGUAAGUUUA